CGUUCGAUUGUUGCUGUUCGUAGAUGAUAAUCUUUCGGUAGAUCAGUACUGCAAGCCACCCAACGAAUGAAAACGCCCAGUCGCCAAACAGUUGGUGGCAUUUGUCUGUGCUGCUGCUGCCAAUUUUCUAUGCGCAGAUCAUUUAAUGGCACGGCGUGUGGAUAUGAAAAUGUGAAUUAUUCGGCAACCAGUGUGUUUUUCACAAACCGAACCACAAUCGGAGUAAAUAGGCGUUCAACUCCACUUUAGCUGCCUUUCAUUAGAGAUCAAAAGGCAAUGUUCCCCUGCAAACACCAGUGCACAUUGCUUUGGCUAUUGCUGAUGCUCCUUACUACUGGACACGCACGCGCACGACCAGAACAGCAACAGGCUUCGGCGGACGAGCCGUUGGAGGCUAAACCGGAAGAUGGUCACUCCUUGACAGCUCCUCGCCCAGCCGAUGAUGAAUUGGCAACUGUGGCGCCAACAACGACACCAGUUCCCGCUGUGGCUAUCACGCAGGGAGCAGCAACUGGUGCUGCAACUGAAGCCCCCCACUCUCAGCCCGUCGUAACGGCAGUGCCAGCUACGUCCUCUACCUCCACCUCAACCACUGUCCCCGCCCCGCUGCUGCCAGCUGCCCCGGAGCAGCCCGAGUAUCUGAAGCACUGUUUUUAUGCCGAUGAGCACUUGUGCAUGUAUGGCCAUGACGGCCAAGGCAACGAAGCACCAGACGCACUGGGUCACAUAUCGACAACACCAGAGUCCGACUCGCAAGGUAUUGGCUUACAGGUCAAUGCUAGUCAGGGUAACAGCCAGAACCUAGAACGCAAUGCCAACAGCUGUCAGUGCCACGAGCAUCCGGCAAAGGCCAACUCCUGGUAUUGCUGCAACAUAUCGCAAAUGUCAAUGAUCUCAAGCUGCAGCAAUAUAUCAAAAUGGACAAAUCUGCACGUGCGAAAUCUCACAGUGAGAACCAUAGAUCUCUCCAAUCCCAUCUUCCGCUCUCUCCAGUCACUGGCAGUGACCGAUGGAAAUAUUACGCGACUGAUUAAUGCCUUUCCGCGACACUCGGCCCUCAAGUGCCUCAACAUAUCAAACAACAAUAUUUCGGAGAUACCAUCACGAAUGUUCAAGGAUGUUCCCCAUUUGGAAUUCUUUGGAAUGUCGCGAAACAAUCUAUCAUUAGUGCCACAUCACAAUCAGAACAAAAAUAUUACAGUGGACAUUAGUGGUAAUAUGCGCAUGCUCUGCAAUCCACUAAACGAAAUCAUAAACAAUGAUUCAUUCAACUUUGUGAACCCCAAGCACUCUUACUGCUUGUAUAAUGCCACUCACGAAUGGUUCCAGUCCACAGAUCUGGUGUCCGUGGAGCAGCUGGAAAGCACGAAGCGUUGCAUGACCAAGUGUCCAGUGAUACCGAACUAUGGAAGCUGCAAGUGCAGAUUCGAGAGCAUCAUGAUUAUACAGGAUGACCAGUCCAAGCCCAAAUGCCAUGUCGACUGCUCCAACCUGGGACUGGUGGAGCUGCCACCAAGACUUCCCGAUAACACGUUCGUGCUGAAUAUAACCAACAACAAAAUCACUAGUCUAGGCGACCAUUUCCAAACCAAUCCAACAUAUCACAACAUAAACAGACUGGUGGCCGACAACAAUCAGAUAUCCUCCAUUUACGAAUUUGAGGGGACAAAGUUUAUUGAGAAUUUCCAGCGCAUCUACAUGCGCAACAAUUCUCUAAGCAAGAUACCCGAAUACUUUCUAAACAACGCACUAAUGGAUACAGGUCGUCGCAUUUACCUGGCAGGCAACAAGCUGCAAUGCGACUGCAACUCAGCCAAAACUCUUCAGAACUGGCUCAAGGAGCGAAGCACAGACAUACCCGACUACAUGGAGAUACGCUGCCGGAAUAUACCCCAGAGUGUCAUAGAGCUGCAGGAGGCCAAACUAUGCCAGUCACCGCCUGAUUGGACAGACUAUAUAUACUAUUUGAUAGCCGCGGAAGUCAUCCUGCUGCUGGGUCUUAUCACCAAAGUGUCCUAUGAUUAUUGGGUAUUUAAGACGUCUGGCUAUUUACCGUGGCCAGCUAGUAAAAUGCCUAAAUUGCCUUGCGACUGGUUGUGCGAGUCCUAGAUAGAGAUUUAGAGGAAGAGGACUUAGUCCUUGGCGAACAACCAAAAUAUCCUAAGAUGGCUAGACAGCUAGACAUGCGAGUCGUAAAGAGAAAUAGACCUGGCGUUAGCCCUAAAUUUCGAAAAGGAAAUGUUGGCCUAUACCCGGACCUUAACACAAUCAAACGGUAGAAAUGGCAGGGCGUACUAUUAUACCUGACAGUGGAACUAUGUGCCUUUUAUAUGCAUAUGCAUACACAUGUACAUACAUAUAUAAUCCAAAUUGUAUUUUUUUUGGUUUUUAUAUUCGGUAUCUUAAGUGAAAAACUGCAAAGAGCUGCCAGUACCCAAAUUUACUAUAUAUUGUAUAAGACUUUUUAGUUUUCUAUUCUGCGAGAUAGGACCUCGCCCGACCACUGAUAUAAAUCCAUUUGUCAGAAUGUUCUUGCCAGUAACGUUACAUUGUCCAAGUGUAAUAGUCAUUAAUUUUAAUCGUGAAACAAAAUGGGAGUCAAAUCCACUCUCAACCGAAUGCCCAUCAUGAUGGAUUGCAGAUUCCACUCUGAAUAUAAAUACGUACGUGGUCAGUAAUACGGCUCAAUGUGGUGGUCCUGCAGAUUUUUCCAAAAAACUGUGUGGAUAAUUUCGUAGGGCCUUGCAUUGAUCUGGUCGAUCUUGCUUCCAUGGAGAGGGAUGAUUUGAAAAGCAUAUGAGUAUGGUAUUUCUAGAUGAUCUAUAAGUUAUAUGGCGCUUCCAUUUAGACCACAUGCUUGACCCCGUACAUGGUCACAAUGAAAAUCUUUCACCUGCGACCGCUUGUUGCUCCAAAUCUUCUCCAAUCAAUUCUUGGCAAGAGCACGAUGACAAAUGGAUUCAUGUCGAUUUUAUGUAUAUUUAGUACAGCCAAACCAAGACAUGUAUUUACGGCGCUACAAAUAAAUCGUAGCAUUGCGCAUCAAUUAGUCGGUGCUGCUCGAAACAAAAUAUUGAGUUGCUUUGGAUGUUUUGACAGAGUGAUGAAGACGAGAAGACUAUUUUAAUAAAUUUUGCUUCGAUACAACGAAACAGAAA